AUGGCUACGCAAAGAAAGCACCUUCAUCAAGUCCAGUUCACUGCCAUUGCCCAGCCGGCUGAACGGAAGCAAAAGGCAGCAGCAGUGCUUGUUUGCGGCGAUGCUUACCAGGCCAAACAGGCUCCAAGGUGGCGUGAUUUUCCCAACACCUUCAACAUGCAAGAGUACGCUCUCAGACAAUUUGACGACUUCCUUGAUCGUAGCGAGAGCGGUGAAACGGUCGAUACUCCCCGUAUGUACAUCAUCCCUAACCAACCUGCAAUGGAGGAUGAGGAUGACGAGGCGUAG